AUGAUUAAUUUAAAAAAAGUAUCAUAAGAUAAUUUACCUAUUCUUAAAUCUUAUAUCGGUUUUCCAAUAAAAUAACCUCCCUUAGAUAUUUUAAAUCCAAAAGUAAAACAAUUAUUAUCUACAAUAUGUGAGCUUAAUUACAAACAUAAAUAAUACGAAAACUCUUUUGCUAAUUAUUACGAUUGGCAUAAACUUAAAAAUAAUACCUUUUACAAAGGACAAUGGAAAAACGGAAUGAAGAAUGGACGAGGUAUAAUUAUAUGGAAAGAAGGAUCUUUAUAUGAAGGAUAUUGGAAAAAUAAUAAAAUAGCGGGUUAUGGAAGAUUUAUUAAUUUUAAAGGAGAUGUUUAUGAAGGAUAAUUUUUAGAUUAAGAUACUACAUAAGCUUUCUCUUUUGGUGUUUUAAGUUAAUAUUAAAGUAAUUCAUUAGCUAGUGUAAGCAUUUUAAAUAGUGUAAAUAGCGAAUAACAAGAAAUUAAUUUAUAAAAUGAAUCGUCCGAUUAAUUUGAAUUUCAUGGUAAAGGCAUUUAUAAAUGGGCUGAUGGUUCUACUUAUGAUGGAAUGUGGAAAAACGAUUAAAUGUAAGGUUUUGGGACAUUUAUUUGGCCUGAUGGAAAAAAAUAUAUGGGACAAUUUUAGAAAAAUAAAAAACAAGGGAAAGGAGAAAUUCAUUGGCCAGAUAGAUCAUUUUGUACAGGAUAGUUUUUAAAUGGAAAAUAGGAUGGAGAAGGAGAAUAUACAAAUGUAAAAGGUAAAGCUUAAAUUGGAUUAUGGAAAAAUGGAUAACUAAUAAAAUGGAUAUAAAAAAAGACUUAAAAUAAUAAUGAAAUAACAAAACAAGUUAUUGAUUAGUUCAUAUGA